GGCGCCGCCGCGCGACACUUCCGGUGGCCGCGUCUCCCUCGGGCUCGCCAUGGCGUCGGGCAGCGGGACCAAGAGCUUCGACUUCCGCCGCAAGUGGGACAAGGAUGAGUAUGAGAAGCUGGCAGAGAAACGGCUCACGGAGGAGAGGGAGAAGAAAGAUGGCAAACCAGCCCAGCCUGUCAAGAGGGAGCUUCUGCGGCACCGGGACUACAAAGUGGACCUGGAGUCCAAGCUGGGGAAAACCAUUGUCAUCACCAAAACGACCCCUCAGUCUGAGAUGGGAGGGUACUACUGUAAUGUGUGUGACUGUGUGGUGAAAGACUCCAUCAACUUCUUGGAUCACAUCAAUGGCAAGAAACACCAGAGGAACCUGGGCAUGUCCAUGCGGGUGGAACGCUCCACGCUGGACCAGGUGAAGAAACGCUUUGAGGUGAACAAGAAGAAGAUGGAGGAGAAGCAGAAGGACUAUGACUUUGAGGAGAGGAUGAAGGAGCUGCGUGAGGAGGAAGAGAAGGCCAAAGCCUACAAGAAGGAGAAGCAGAGAGAGAAGAAGAGACGGGCGGAGGAAGACCUGACGUUCGAAGAGGAUGAUGAGAUGGCAGCUGUGAUGGGCUUCUCUGGGUUUGGCUCGACCAAAAAGAGCCACUGAGCAGCUCUGGACUCUCCUCUUUCUCCAAGCAGAUGGUUUUUACCCAGGGGACUUUGGAUAACUCUUCAAAGACUCGAUUGAGGACUCGUCUGUAAAUCUCCCAGUUGGCUGAAGGAGUCAAAAGGUGACUCUGUGCUCGACCUGUGCUGCAGAAUAAGCCCCACCUGCCCUUCACCUCCCUGCUCCCUGGCCCCAGAGCCUUCUGCUGGGCACCUUUCUGUGGCAGGAAAGUGCAACAACAGUUCCCUGUGGACCACCUGGUUCAGGUUGAGUUUGGUUAGUUAAGCAGGGAGGUGUUUUCAGCCCUGGCUGUGGGGCUGGGCUGUGGGGCUGGUGGCACUGCAGGAGAUGUGCUGCAGCAAACGGGUCUUGGGGGGUGCAACCUGCAUCUUUGUGGCUUGUGCUGAGCAGAGCUGGUGGCUGCAUGGGCUCUGGAAACUUGCCUGUGUGUUUUACCUGCAAGGGGUGCUUCCCUGCUUUUCUUUAUCUUUCCUUCCACACCUUUGGGGUCUUUGAGACGGUGGCGGGUGGAAACUCCUCCUCGCCACGGAUGUAGAGUAGAGCGAGCGACAGAGGUGUGUGCAACGUGCCGGAAAUAAACGGAUCCUUGGAA